CUUAUCUAUUUAUCUCCUGCUCUCUCCUCAUCCCCCAUUCCACGUUCUCAGUGUUCGUCGUUGUUGCCGAUCCUUUUGUGAAUGGUGUAUGUGGGUGUACUGUUGAUGGUGCCCCUUCCUCUCUUUAGACGUGUUAGGGCAAAAGCCCACGAGCAAACGGCGCAGUGGCCCCUUAUUCCAUGUCUCUCCAGGCUUGAAUCGUUUGCCUCAUGCAACAAGGGCUGGUAUUACCGCUGCCUUGGCCUCGAUCCCUUGAAUUUAUUUCACUGACCUUAAAUUGAAUUGCCCCAAUUCCUUGCCCUGGCCUCGAUCCCUUGAAUUUAUUUCACUGACCUUAAAUUGAAUUGCCCCAAUUCUUUGCCCUGGCCUCGAUCCCUUGAAUUUCGACCUUUAAUUGAAUUGCCCCAAAUUAGUUCCUCUCUCUAGAUUCUGCGCCUCCUCCUGUUUCCCUCUCUAAAAAUGGCGGUUUCUCAGCCCUCGAACCAGGUGAAUGUCUGGAAGAAACCCAUGCGCGUUAAACGUGUGAAGAAGUGGGGUCUAUUGAGGUCUCUUGAUGUAUUCCAUGCAUUCUUCAAAAAGAAAAAGGAGGUUGCAGAUCUCAUGCUUAUCAGCAUAAACAUUCACGAGAGCACAGGCCACCUGCUCUCGUGCCCCCUGCGAUUUCUUGUGAGGGUCGAUGACACAGUUUUCACUGUUAUUCAGACUGCGCUUCGAUCUUACGCUCGUCAGGGUAGACUCCCUGUCCUCGGCAAUAAUUCCGACGACUUCUUCCUCUACUGCGCCAAUUCUGACUUCAUAGCUCUGAGUCCAGUGGUGCCCAUCGGUAGGACUGGAGGGAGGAACUUUCUGCUCUACAAAAAGAAGUAGGAGGAAUACUACUUCGGUGAACAGCAUAAACAACAAGGAAGAAGAGGAGGAAUGGUCAAAGGGCACGCCACUAACUGGAAGCAAUGGAUCAAUAAUUCUCUCUCCUUCAACCUCUCUCACUGAGCACCAUAAUUUUUCAUUAUUUCACUAGAAAUACAUUAAUAUUGAGAACCUCUCUCAUGUCACAGUGUUUUUUAUCUAUUUAUUUAUUUUAUAGUUAGAUUGAUGUUUAAAGUGCACGUUGUUACAAUAAAAUAGAUCUUAACG